UUGACACAACUCUCUGCAUUCGCUAUUUCUCAAAUCAAGUAUUACCAUCUAUGAGUAUUACACGCUAUUCGUCGAUGACUACCGAACUUUGCCUCUAGAGGCAGUAGUGGGGAGGAACCAAAGGUGUGUUCGUCACACACGGAAUGCACGUGGUAAAGCCACUGUUACAACAAGCACAUGGAUCUAAAUAUCGGAACGCACUCGGUGCUGUCGUCAGUCGGAUCUAGCAGAAUAGGCCAAUGAAAUUAAGACCACUGGAAUCGGUCAAUCGGAAUAAAGGAACAUAUCUGUCGUGUUUGCACCGUUAGAUCGUUUACCGACUCCUUUGAAAUGUCAGUCGGAUCGAAAUCGUUUUUGUUCGAACGAUGAUAAUCAAUGGGGCAGCAUCCGCAAUGGGAUCGCCGCUGGACAGCAACGAUGAGAAAGGUCAGGAGGGCCCGAUACGGUGCAUAUUUUUUUCCGAAUUCCAUCACAUUGCCGGGCCCAAGAUAACCUGUCAGGUUCCUGACAACUAUAUACUCAAAGACAUCUUCGAUAAUGUCAGCGUCUACAUAAUACCGAAGGCUCAGCUGCAAAGGAGCACCAUCACGGUAACCUUGAAGGACUUCAAGAUCCUGGGAUUCCCCGUGAGGAUAGACAACAAAAAAUAUGCUAGGAAUGCAUUUUACUUCAAUCUGUGCUUUGUCUGUGACGCAGAGGCUCGUACGGUACAUUAUGAACCUGUGGUGAAGAAAAUGUCCGAUUUCUUGAUAGCAAUGGAAAUUGAAAACUGCUUCUUAUCAGCUUCCGAGGACAAGACUAGACUCUCAGCAAUGCUAAAGCAAGUUAUGCAUGAUCUGAACAUGCACAAAAUGUGUACACUCACUGAAGGAACUAUGACCUCGCAUUUAAAGGUGGUCAAGUUAGCCCCAGAGCCGAAGCCAGUACUGGAUCAUCAAGUGCCUAUAUUUCUUGAAGGUCGAGAGGCCUUCAGAAGUGAUCACUGGGAUUUGACGACGCAGCAAGUACUUCCGUAUAUUAACGGUUUCAACCAUGUUGCCAGAAUAGCAGCAGAGGCAGAUGUGGAAAAUAAUUUAGUAAAAAGUUGCGUACAAAAUCUCAUAUACUAUGGGGUAGUCAGUCUGAUCCCGAUAUUUCAAUACAGCAAUGUUUACGCAGCUACUCCAAAGUUGAAGAAAUUAGCUGAGGAUACGCAGCUUCAGGAAAAGUGUAUCUUGUAUACAUCUAAAACUGCGAGACAACCGGCUUACCUGAGGGACAUUUAUCGGAUGUAUGCCAGCAUGACGCAUGGCAAUAGCAUGCGCGAUUUAUGUCAACGGCUCAAUCCUCAAACCUUAAGAAUCAACGAGCGGAGGCUCGUUCAGUUUGGACUUAUCGAAGAGCUCAUUCGAAGGGUUUACAAGUACCCGAUUCACUUGCCAGGCACGGUUAGCGAAGAAGGACACAGUAAUUCGAUCUACAAAUACUUCACUGGAACUUACAGCCUCGAUGAAAUAUGCUGUAGCACAGGACAAUCAGUUGCACAAAUUGAAGAUAUUGUCGAACGCGACUCAAACGUUGUAAUGCUAUGGAAAUGAUAAAACAUUUCCAAUAGCUUCGGCGGCUAGUUAUUAUCACACAGAUUUUGCAUCAAUUAACGAUAGGCCAGGUCAUUAAAAUGAAAUACAAUAUAUGUGUAAUAUAUACUUGUCUACCGAGGCAAUGUAAAUAUAUGGUUGUAAAUACUU